AUGUCUGAAGAAGGCCGGAACCGGUUGCGUGCAGCCCGCGCCUGCCAAGCGUGUAGUUCACGAAAGGUGCGGUGCGACGUGACUGAGGUUGGGCUUCCGUGCAGUCGUUGCCGCGUAGCCAGGACUCCCAAUUGCCACCUCGUUGCCUCGAGACGGGGCACGUACAAACGACAGCGAUCUCAGCAGCAGACUAUGCAUCAGAGCAUCGUCUCUCUAUCCACCGACACAGAUGCUGUAUCGUCCACUCGACAUCACGCAUCAUUGGCGGAACCGUGCCAGUCGAAUACCGCCGUCUUUUCACCGCCCUCGUCCGUCGACUCGGCACCCCAAGGUCUGACUGAUGCAGUGGCAGACGGGGGGGCCAGCCUCGAACGGACCGGGGCAGCGCAGCCGCAGACUCAGGACUCGCUAACGUCCAUGUUCGAACGGUUCAUCGAGCAACAAGGCCAUAAUGUUGAGGACGCCGCCAACAAGUGCGGCAUCAUGUUCAUGAGCGGCGCCUCUCCCCUGACGUUUGCGCUCGAGGAGGCCCGGAACCAAAUCGAUAAGGCAGUCCUGCACGAUGCUGACUCGCACUUCAUCAAGGCAGUUUGUACGGGACCGGUCGAGUGCACCAACCACCCAUCCCAUCUGUCGCCGCAAGACAUCGGCUAUCUCAAAGCGAAGGGAGCCUUCGAACGACCAACGAACGACGUCUGCGAUGCAAUGGUCACCGCUUUCACAGAAAGAUUCUACCCCUCGUAUUCCAUCGUCGAUUUGAGUGCCUUCAACGACUCCUUCAAAGCACGUACCCUACCUUGGAUCCUACUUCACGCUGUCUGUUUCAUCGGAUCUACGUUCUGUGACUUGAGCAAAAUCCAUCAAGCAGGCUUCAAGGGGCGCUGGCACGCACGACGGCAUUUCUACGACAAGGCGAAGCUGUUAUUCGACACUGGCUACGAGACAAACAAGAUCGUCCUCCUCCAGACGGUCAUCAUGCUCUCGUUCUGGGGUCCACAGAUGAAGAGCUACUGGAAUCCAUGUUCUUGGGUUGGCUUUGGCGUCACCAUUGCAGAAUCCCUGGGAAUUCAUAGACUAAACACAUCCAUCUACAUGGAUAGGAAGCGGAGGUCCCUGCUUAAACGCUUAUUCUGGGUCCUCGCCGUCCGGGACGCGUAUUGCGCGACGUUGCUCGGUCGCCCGUGCCGGCUCAACAUUGUCCAGUGCGACACGGAACCGCUGGGCUUGGACGAUUUCCAUGACGGACAGAGCAGCGGCUCUGAAGAUCAAGCCAGGUGCCAAUCGCAUGCCCAUUAUCAGAUCCAGGUCUCGAAACUCUCUCUGAUCCUACGUGGCAUCAUGGAAGCGCGAUUUGGCCCGGCGGCGAACGCUUCAAUGACUGACUACCUCCACAACCAGAUGGAAAAGUGGAAGUCGGAGCUGCCGUCGUCGAUCAGCUGGUUGCAGCAGCAGGCCCUGACCACCAAUGUCUUUGCUCUCAGCUUGAAGAUCAUCUUCCACCUCCAACUUAUUCUCAUCCACCUCCAGAAACCCGAGGACGUGGCCCAUAUUCCCGUUCUCUCGCCCGGCGCUUCAACCUCAGCUUCCGAGGUCACCGAAUCCGCUGCACACAUCAUCGCAUCGACGGCUUUCACAAUCAUGGUCAAUUCCAUGCUCGACAUGGUGCCUCACGAGAUCUUCUCCGGUUUCUUCAUUGCCAGCAUCGUUUUCUACCGUGGGACCAAGCAUGCCCAAGGUUCUCUUACUCAUCUGCCUCGGUCCGCGCUCGAUAAUUGUCAAAUGCUGAUCAGCGAAGCGCGCGAGAGAUGGGAUCCAGCAAACUGGGUGUUACGGAUCUUCGACUUUUUACCGUCCAGCAACAUCGAUAGCCCGGAUACAGCACAACAGAUCGGCCGGGAUACGACAAUGAGCAAUAACAUUGCGCCAGAGUCGGACGCGGUGCCUAUGUCUCAAGAUGGCCGCGUUCUAGACAUAAUGCCCGAGGAUGAUAUACUGCAUUGUAUUGAUUUCGGUUCGCCGACCUACCAAAGCGUGGGUUCUAUGGCGAAUGAGCUGUUUUUGAUGUCGAACUAUCUCACGAUACCCUCGGGGAACCCUCCUUUCAUGCCAAUGUAG